AUGCCCUCAUCACUGAUACAAGACUUACAAAGAGUUAGGGAGACACUGGAACUGAACAUACUGCUUGUGGAGGACCAAUCAAGAAAAUGUUUUGAUAUAAUUUUUUCCCCUGCUAAUUCAUCUUCUGAACCAGAAGGAUGCCUAAACCUCGUUGGGGACUUCAUUUUGAAAUGUGAUUCAUCGUUCCUGUGCAAAACAGUUAUCACAGAUCUGCAGUUUUGGGAAUUGCUCAAAGAGCUUUUAGCUGAUGCAACAGCUGAUGAACUGGCUAGCUAUAUCAACAGAAUUUUGACCGAAAUUCUUGACCAACCUGGCAGUCAUAAGGAAUCUUUGGCAUCUCUGUGCCAAGCCGUUUCAUCAGAUGAAACGAUUAUGGACACACUUGUUGUGAACCUAUCGACACAACAACUUCAACCUCGCAUCGCUUUGAGAAUCCUGGACUGCAUCAUAGGAUUUCUCACCUGUUUCAAGUUUCUGUCACUCUAUUCACCCUCCGACGCUGCUCAUGUAAUUCCUUCGUUCCUCUUCACAUGUCUGGAUACUGGUCUGUGGGAAACAUUGACCUCAAUGCUUUCCUCUCACGACCUUCGAAUAGAAAUAUUCGAGAAACUUUUGCCCAUCAGAAGGCAGUUGUUCUCUUUUCUAAAGGAUGUUAAGAUAGAUGAAUACGAAACUCCACUUAAGAAGAAACUACUGGUCGCACUCGAUCAUACUAUCAAUACAGGUGCUGCACGGCAAUCAAAAUUUGAGAACAGUCCAGACUUUGACGACUUUGCGAAAAUGAGCUUACUUCAGGCCUUCGAUAUAACUGCAUUUCUCGAAAACGAAAAUUUGACUUUUAAAAAGACUUUCACGGAGCAGUUAUUGUUUUGUUCAGAUCCAUUUCCAUUAUUUUCUGCAUCACUACAUGUCUGUGACACACUGAACAACCUCUUCGAGAAUAUCGAAAUCGAAAGCGGUGGACAAAUUCACAACCUAAGUUUUGUUUUGAACAAGGAGCAAUUCAUGUAUGCAUUGAUGGACAGGCUUCUCAAGAGCUGGGUAGAAGCCAAAGGAAAGAACAUAGAAGACCUCAAUUCAUUACUAGAGCUGAUCCCGAUUACUUUUGAUCGCAUAAGCAAGUCAUUGUCAAACUCUUUGAAUCUCACUCCACAAGGCUACUUUCGCCUUGCGUUGGAUGUUAUCAGGGAAGUAGAUUACAAGUUAUCGCGUGAGUUGCAACUAGACUCAAUAAGAGAAGCCCGUUAUGAAAAAUGGUCUUCACACGUCAAUGUCUUUGAAAACAUGCUUUCUAAUCAAGUUAACGAUUACGUGCAUCAUCAGAGGCUUUUGCAACUACAGAAGGGUACUUGGGUUUAUGCCGACAACCCUAUAGACAUAAACAUUAAGUUCCCACGAGUAUAUUUCAUGGUCCUAUCAGCGAACCAAGUCAAUCUUCUGGUGAAAGAAUUUCCAAAAAUAAGUGAGCGCACCCCACUCAUUGAAGAUAAUGAAAUUUUGGCUUCUUCAGACACGCAGCAAAAUUCUGAUAAACAAAACACUAUGGUGAUACCUCUGUCUUCGAUCAGCACUUUCAAAAGCAAAGAAAUUCUUUUAAAUGAUAAGACACCUCAGGACUCUCAUCUGGUGAACGUCAUACAAAAGAAUUUUUACACAGAGGUUGAAUUAGUUGAUAAGAACAAUAGAUCUGUUCUUAAGAUUUUUUUCGAUACGAAGGAGGCCAUUUACUCAUGGCUGGACGGUAUUCAGUUAGUUUCUUCUGCCAAGCACCCGAACGGUCUUUCACAGGGAACCAUGGAUCAGGUUGAAACUCUAAUAGAUAUUCGGAAAAGUGUGCAAAUGAUAAAUUUGGCUGGAGAUGAUGAUAUGAAACCGGUUGAUUAUAGCCAAGAUGAUGAAGAAUACUACGAUAUCAACACCCUAAAAGGAUUAACCAGAGACUUUUAUUACGAGUGA